UGUAAUAUAGUGGGCAAAAUUCAACGGGGGCGAGAGUUAGUUCUCUUCGUUCCGUGUUCCGAGCAAUAAUAUAUACAAUAUAUGAGUGGUUUAAUUCAAUUUGAAUAAUCCAAAGUGCUACAUAUAAUAUCUAAAUGAAAAUAUUAAAAAGCACAUAAAGACGCCAAAACCGUGGCUUUUUCUAUUAAUUUCAAUUGAAAAGGUUUGCGGGAACCAAAAGAGAUAUAAUGGAAAAGGGUCUGUUAGAGAAAGAAAGAGAGGGCGAUUCAAGCGUAAUAAUAACAUGGGGUGUGUUUGCUCAAGAGGUGAAAGAUGUUGGUUUUCUAGCUUUGCCUAUGGUUACUGUGACUUUGUCUCAGUAUUUUCUACAAAUUAUUUCAAUGACGAUGGUUGGUCAUUUGGGUAAGCUUGCUCUCUCUAGCACAGCUAUUGCCAUAUCUCUUUGCGGUGUCACUGGUUUCAGUCUUCUUUUUGGAAUGUCGUGUGCACUGGAAACUCAAUGUGGGCAAGCAUAUGGUGCUAAGCAAUAUAGAAAGUUUGGGGUUCAAGUUUACACUGCUAUUGUUUCUCUUAUUAUAGCUUGUCUUCCUCUCUCUCUGUUGUGGAUCUACUUGGGGAAGCUAUUGACUUUACUUGGUCAAGACCCUUUGAUUUCACAAGAAGCUGGAAAAUUUGCUGUGUGCAUGAUUCCUGCUCUAUUUGCGUAUGGAACGCUUCAGGCACUGGUUCGGUACUUUCUGAUGCAAAGUUUGAUAGUUCCUCUUGUUAUAAGUUCAUCUGUUACACUUUGCUUCCAUGUACCUUUUUGUUGGUUGCUAGUUUUUAAAUCUGGAUUAGGUGGCUUAGGAGCUGCAUUUUCUAUUGGUACUUCAUACUGGUUGAAUGUUAUUAUACUUGGAUUGUAUAUGAAAUUCUCUGCUCAUUGUGAAAAGACUCGGGUUCCGAUUUCAAUGGAGGCUUUCCUUGGAAUAGGAGAGUUCUUUCGCUACGCUAUUCCUUCAGCAGGAAUGGUUUGCCUUGAGUGGUGGUCGUUUGAGCUCCUAAUCUUACUUUCGGGUUUUCUACCAAAUCCACAGCUUGAAACUUCGGUCUUAUCCAUAUGUUUAUCAAUCAUCUCAACAAUCUAUACAAUACCAGAAGCAACUGGCUCAGCAGCAAGCACUAAAGUUUCAAAUGCAUUAGGAGCUGGAUGUUCACAAGCAGCGCGAUUGUCAGUUUAUGCUGCUAUGACUAUUGCAGUUUCUGAGGCUGUUUUGGUGAGUUCAACCAUUUUCGCCUCUCGACGGGUUUUAGGUUAUAUAUUUAGUGAUGAGCAAGACGUCGUGGAUUAUGUCACAGAAAUGGUUCCUCUGAUAAGUCUAUCUGUUAUAAUCGAUAGUUUACACGGUACCCUUUCAGGUAUUGCUAGAGGAUGUGGUUGGCAGAACUUGGGAGCAUAUGUGAACCUUGGAUCCUAUUAUGUUUUUGGAAUUCCAAUUGCUGUUAUAUUGGGUUUUUGGUUAGAGUUGAGAGGAAAAGGCUUGUGGAUUGGUAUACUUGUUGGUGCCUUCUGUCAAGCACUUUUGUUAUUCCUUAUAACAAGUUUUACAAACUGGGAAAAACAGGCAAUUAAGGCACGAGAAAGGAUAUUUCAAGGAAGUUUUGCAGUAGAAGAUAGAUUAGCUUGAGCAAAUGAAGUAAAUCCCUCUAAGCUGAUAGUUAUAGCUUAAUUUGGUUGGAGACAAGAUCAAAUUUCAGCUACUAUAAGGUAGAAAAAGUUUUCACACAGAGAAAAGAGUUGUAGAAUUGAUGAUAUUUUUUAUCCCCAAUUCAAUUUUGGACAAGGCUAUACAGUGUUAGUGUUAUUACUAUUAUGAAGUAAAAGAAAAUGGAUGAAUUCACGUCUUCAAUUUCAAUUAGUGAUUAACAUGA